AUGUUCGAUAUUUCACCAGCAUCUUCUGAAAUCGAAGGAUGUUGUGAAAAAAAGUUAGAAACUCUGACGAUUCCUGGCCCACUUGUAGUCACGUUCGAAUCCCUCAACGUCUCCAAGCCCGCCAAUAGACUGUAUGGACAAAUUUGUCCCGCUAUACUUCCGGACACCGGACGUUUUAUAGCUGUAAAUCUACUUCCAAUCGGAGAAGGAAACGACUUCCACCUCUCCCUUCCGUACAUCCCCGGAAUCUUAGGAUUCAUCGCCCAAAUAGUCCAAGCUCCAGCAAACGCCAUACCCGACUUCACAGUCCCUGGAUCGUUUGACAACACGGUUGCGCGCCUCCUCAACGGACACGUAUUUCAACCUAACGGCUGGAAUGAACUUGAACGAACUACAUUGCUACAACCUGGCAUGCUUUACGCCCCAGAAACCAAUCACGACAUCGACGCAUCAUUUAACAGAUACGUCGCCCGACUUGGUAUCCCUGUAUCCAAUGCCCUGGAUAACAUCACAAUGUUCGACUUAUUUCUCUACCGAGGAGAAAGUGACUAA